AUGGCGACCUCCACAUCCACCUCCAUGUCCUCAAUGUCCACCUCCAUGACCAUGAACAUGGUCUUCACAAACACCCACACCACCCCCCUCUUCUCCACACAAUGGACCCCCACAACCAGCGGCUCCUACGCCGGCACCUGCGUCUUCCUCAUCAUCCUAGCGAUCCUCGCGCGGGUGCUCGUGGCCUUCAAAGCCCUAAUGGAGCGACACUGGCUCGACGCGCACCUCAACCGUCGGUACGUCGCGGUGGCGGGCAAAUCGCCCGAGGCCGGGCGCAUCGACACGGACCCGGAGGCCAAAGUGGCCAGCUUGGUGACCGCGCAGGGUGUUGAGGAGAAGGUCCGCGUCGUGCGGACCGUCACACACGCCCCGCUGCCGUGGCGGUUUAGUGUGGAUUUACCUCGUGCGUUGAUCUUUUUGGUGAUUACAGGGGUAUCAUAUUUAUUGAUGUUGGCCGUCAUGACCAUGAACGUGGGGUAUUUCUGCUCUGUCCUGACCGGGGCGUUUCUGGGGGAGUUGGCCGUGGGGCGGUUCAUUCAGUGGAACGAGCAUGGACAUUAG